AGUUGCUCGGAAUCGCGAACAAUUUUCUCCUUAUCGGUCGUUUUCUUAGUGUCUGUCAUUAGACAAAAUCUCGCUGAACAUGUGAAAAGGGCCCAUGUGCCAUAUGUAAACAAACCACAAUUUCACGUUUUUCAAUGAAUACAAGCUUAUUCUACUCGUACAAAUAAGAUUUUUUGAUAAAGAGUGAAUUCUUUUAUCAAUAAAUCUUAUUGGUAAGAGCAGAUUUCGCUUGUAUUGAUCAAAAAACGAGAAAAUUUGGCUUGAUUACAUAUGGCGCAUGGGCCCUUUUCACAUGUUUGGCGAGAAAUAUAAUCCCUGCUGGGGGCAUAACAUUAGGUAACUCCGGCGAACUCGCCGAUGUUUGUUGAAAAAAAAAACGCAAAAACAGAAGUGAAAUCUCUUGCUUUCGGGCAAGGCUGGUACGAAACCUACUAAUAAGGAACCGUACCGGAUUUAACGAAAUUGUAGUGCAGGAGAAUGAAGGAUGCCAGCGUUCUACCAUCAGAGCUGGUAACCACCGCUCCACUAGUUGGGAUAUCCGGCUUGAAUGUGCAGCGGAACACUAUUCACACGAUCUGGGAUGCGUUCAACAUCGGCACAAAGCCAGAAAGCGAAUCUAUAGAAUAUAAGCUUCUUCCACCCAGUUAUGAAUUUGCUAUAUCAAAACCAAAACACCAAUCCCACGAAUGGUAUUGCCCAAAAGGAAUCUUAAAACGAAACUGGAUACUGAAACAUUUGCGGGCAGUCGUAGUCCUGUUUCGGGAUCAAGAAUGGAACGAUCUACAGGGGAGUAAGAAGCAGUUGCAGUGUGCUGCGAUUAUUCAGGCGUAGAAAAACUAUAUACGGCUAGCGGUAGUUUUAAUUAAAAAAUGUGCUAACAUACCUCAAGGAGAUGAUUUUGUUGCUUCCGAGAGGGCCUCCCACUUGACCAGCACCUGUGAGAAUACCGCAAAAAUGCUCUUCGUGCUUCCUCGCAACGAUCAUUUAAUGAAUCGCAUACUAAGAAUGCAAUCCGCCUUCCUAGAACAGUCUCACUGUAAUCAAAUAAUGAAGCAAAUUCGGUGUGCAUCUCUAGUAGACACCAACUGCCUCGAAGUCAAAACCAUAGCUGGUUUCUUGAGCUUCAAAAUUUGUCGCCUAUUUUUCAAACUCAAAGGAGAUUCAAGCUUCAAGAAACACAUCGUCAAAUAUCGCAACCGAACCAGUUCCAAUAAGCUGCUCUUCGAGCACUACGUCUGGCUGACUGUGCAGUACAGUGCCUUCGAUGAGUUGUUUUGCGAUGCAGUCAAGAACGGGCUGGCGUCACUACAAACCUAACAUCCUGGCAUUUACUUCCAGGAGGCGGGCGAAUAUGUAGGCAAGCGCAGGGAGGCGUUUCUCAAUGUUUCGCACUGACCCCCGAGCGAGACUCAAACCAGUGGCGCUGGGCAGGCUUCUUCCACAAAUUCUAACGCGAUGCUGUAAAGUGACUUUUUCGAACGAGGCACGAAAACAGGUGAACCUGUUACCAAGCCACAAGUUAUCUACCUGGUACACGAGAUAGAGAAAACCCACAAACAUUCGGCAACUAUCGUCACCCUACUGGGACAGGCUAUGGCUCAGUAUAAAGUGUACAAAUGUCUACGCUUUCGCAAGAAGCAGGCAAUCGAUAUGGCCGAGGAAUAUUUGAAAAGGGAUCACUCGAAAGCGCGUACGCUCUCUUCGCCUAUGCUGUCUGACUAUCGGAUGCACAAAUGGUACACGAUAUUCGCCGAAGUUCUGUUAGAAACAUUGCGGUCUGCGUAUCAUUUCGUAUCCAUGCCCGAUUUUGUGGCAUGCAGCAUUGAGGCGUUAUCGCCGCGAUUUGAAAUGGAAAAAAUUGAUCGCAUUCUGCUUUUGGGAAACCCCCUGCAAAGUAUUCCCUCUGCAAAGUAUUCCAUUUCACCGGAACUAUCAGCCAGCUGGCAAACCACAUUAUCCUCUUUCAAUAAUCCCAUAAAACUUGACCUUGAUCGAUUGCACGACCUUAUAGAAUGCAAAAAACGACAGAUAAGAAACGACGAAAAACUGCAUCUUCAACUAUACGUCCGUUCCGUCAUAGAAGUUUUUUUGAAGUUGAAAAACUUUUCCGUGUCAACAGAUCUGAAGUCAAGUUCGGUUCGAGUGCCAGCAACUCAGUAUUGUGAAUAUGUGUUAGAGGAAAGCGAAGGCGAACAUGUACAGCCGAAGCCAAUAGAAGAAUUCAUACUAGAGCCCAAAAAAUGCUACCGUAUGCUAUUUAGUGGAGAACGCUAUUAGUUUAUGGAGAAUGUUAACGUACAUAUUUUCCGUUUGGAGGUGCAAAUGGGAUCAGACCGAACUUACGCCAUUGUUUCGCUGCGCGAAAAACUAAACGUUCAGCGAGUAUCCAAACACUCCAAUCCGCAUCGUGACUGUAAGGAGAAAAUAUCGGUCAUCAGUUCGUGCUAUAUCACUCCAACGUGUCAUCUUGGAUCACAGACCAAACAAAACAACCAACCAAUGUUGACAAACAAGUUUUACAAAAUUACGAAAAACUUUAUGAACAACUACGACCUCUGUCUGCAGAACGUUGGAGUCAGUUUCAGUGUUCUUAAGCUAAACGGAGUAAUGUCUUACUAACGACGGAUCUGAGUCAUCCGAUGCAGAAAAUCUAUUCCCACGUUCAGAUCGAUAUCGGUGAACAACGACAGCAAUAUAGUAUUACGCUAUUAGUCUUGUCGAGGGUAACAUCGAAUAAUGACCGAUCAUCAAUAAUUUAUAGACAAUAACUUGCAUCUUUAAUCAUUUUUAGAGCUUCCACUUUUUUAAGGUCAUAGUUCAUACUUUUUUUCCUAUUGAUUGAUUGAUUGAUUUUUAUUAUAGAGCCUUUAACCUGAGGGGUCAUUCAGCUCUAAUCUUUUUUUUUUUUUUUUUUUCCUAAAUUUCAUAGAACAUAUGACAUAGAAAUUUAUCACGUCUGUCAUAGGGAACUAUA